CGGGUAGCGGCGGCUUUCCGGGAGUUCCGGCUCGUAAUGCGAGCGGAGGGGCAUCGACCAGAUCGCGCCCCGCCGCCGCAGCGGAGCAUCUGCAUUAAUAUUUUUCAGCUUACAUGAGGCAUAGAAUAGAAAUCCAUCAGACAUGGACACUGUGGAUGAUUUGAAAAGGAAACUCCAUCAGGCGGAAAAAGAAAAUGUUGAAUUACUUACUCAAUGCAAGCAAGAAAAGUCCCAGUAUGAAAAAGAGAUAAUUAAAUUACGUUUGGAACUUGAGAGAGGGGAGGCUAUUCGUCGAGGUCUGGAGUAUGAAUUGUCAGUGGCCAGAAAAGAGGCUCAGAUGCAAAUGUAUGCUGCAGAAGAGGAGCUGUGUGUUGCAAAAAGUGAACUUAUGGAACUGCAAGUACUCAGUGGCAAAAAUCAGCAGAAAGUGGCAGAGGCUGAGAAAUCAUUUUAUAAGGCUCAGCAGAAAUGGGAAGAAGAACACCAAAAAUGUGCAAAGGAGAAGGACGAUAUUCGUAGAGUUUACCACCAUGAAAUUCUAUUCCUUGUCAAAGAAAAAAGUGAAGCAGAAAGGACUACUCAGGACCUGAAUGAUGCACUGCAAAAUAUGCGCAGGAAAUUGAGGGAUGUGGAGGCAGAACACAAUGGCUGCAGUGACAUGCUGAGGCGCCAGGCCUUCGAGCUGGAAUUCAGAGCUGACCGGCACCAGCGACUCAUGAGAGAGCUUGAAGCAGCUACAGAAAGAACUAGAAAACUGGAAGGAGAUACUGAAGCAGCGAGAGCAGCACAUUUGGAAUGCAAGUACACUACACGGAUGAUGCAGUUAAGAAUUCAAGAACUCGAAGAAGCUUUGAAUUCAGAAAAGGGCAGCUCAGCAGAAGCUCUUUCAGUGUUACAAAAUAUGAAGAGAGAUUUCAGAAAGCCAGCAAAUGCAGAUGAGAGGGAACGAAACGUAUUACAAAGGGAGCAUUUCUCCUCAAGCAAGCAACUGAAAGAGAUGACUGAGGAAAGGAAGGAAAACAGAGGUCUCUCUGGGAAACUAGACCUUACCAAAAGCAGCUCCAGCAUGGAGGAAGGUAAAACGGAGGAGGUGCAUGUUCUCCGUAGCUUAUACCAGCAUCUGGUAGAAAGCUGUGUGCUUACAAAGCAACCAGAAGUUCCCAUAGACAGUUUGUCUUGGUCAGAGCUUUGUGUCCUCGUGUAUGAAAAUAUUGAUACCCUGGUCUUAGACUUCAGGAGGGCUCAAGAUAAGAUAUCUCACCUGGAACAUGUUUGCAAGGACAAAACUGAUACUAUGAGGGAUCUUCAGCGGAGCCAAGAAGAUGCUUUUCAAAAUAUAGCUGAACAGUUGAAAGCACAGGACCACUGUUGGCAGAAAGAAAAAAAGCAUCUUGAACUGCAAUAUUCAAGUCUCCUUGCUGAAGCUCACGCAAGAGCAAAGGAAUACCAAGAAGCAGCACAGCAAAACAGGGAAAGAAUGUAUGCCCUUGAAAAAAACCAGGAGAAACUGACCCAUGAAAAUAUUUCUGUGAGAAAUACAUUAACAAAUGUUCAGAGGGAGCGUUCAUCUCUCCUGGCAGCCUGUGCACUGUUAUCUGGUACCCUGUGUCCCCUCUACAGCCGACUAUGUGCUAUGACUUCCCAAAAAGACCUUCUCCAGGAUCAGGUCAACUUUUAUGAACUUCUGAACCAGAGGAUUGAGACUAUAGUUCAUAGUUUCCCUGCUGAAGAGGAAAACAAUCAAGAUGAAGCCAGACGAAGACAAAGGAGAGCCAAAGACCUGGUUUAUGUAUUCCGAAGAGCUGUGAUUGUAGUUUUGGCAGCCAAUAGACUCAGAGCUGCAGCCCGGUCUUCUACUUCCCUCUUCACCUGGACAAAUGGCUUAGAAGGAGGCAAUGGGAUUCAAGUUUGUGUGGGAGAAUCUGAAGGCAGACGUUACAGAGAUGGAGCUGACUGCCUUGAAGCACUUGGCUGGUUAACUAGCUCUAACCUCCAUUCUGCAAUAAUCAGUUCCCUCUCUGAAUUGCAGGAUGUCCUUAGCAAACCAGAUCCAAACUCCUGGCUUUCUGGAAACUCACUUAUAAAUGCAGCCAGGAGCUCCUUUUCAAAACUUAUGGACAAGCUGUGCUUAAUGCUGAGGACGGUUCCACUAAAUUAUCCCAGGUGCAUCACUUACCUGGAGAAGGACUCCUUGAUACAGAGGCUGGCGUGUGGACUUCUCAGAAUAAAUAACCAGGCCCUGGAAGCUGGAUUGCAUGAGAGACUGCCCAGUGUGAGAAAUGUAACAUCCUUGCAGCAGCUGGUGUUUGAAUACACACGAAGACUUCAUAUGGCAGAGACAAAGUGCCGCUCGCUGGGCCUGCAACUUGAAGAAUUCAAAUGGAGUUUCAAUGAGAUGAAAAAGGAUGCUGAAAAAGCCAGGAGCCUGCAAGAGCAAUUAAAUACAUUACAGCAUAGAAUGAUCACCCAAGACAAUAUACAUGAAGAAUUAAAUAAUGCAUUACAGCGUGAGCAUGAGGCAAGACUGCUUUUAAUUAAACAGGAGCAACAGCUAAAUGAGUUAAACAAUAGACUACAAAUACUCUCCAGUGAAACAGCAGAUAAAGGCCAAGACCUAAAUCUAUCCGUAAGGAGUCUCCCAGAGACAGCCAUGGAUAUGAGAAGAAAAGACCGAGUUCUGAACCACCAAAAGAGGCUUCUUACCCAAAUGGAGCAGGACAGGCGUCAACUGCAAGAGAGUGUCCAAAAUGCAGAGCGUGCCCUGCUUACAGCAGAGAAUGACAGAGAAUUGAUCAUUACUCAUAUGAAAGCUGUGGAAGCCACGCUUCAGAUGGUCAGAGAGCAGACUUUGGUGCCAAGUGGUGCAGCAGCCACAACUGAGUUCUGCCUGGAGCUACCCAGACUGCAAAUAGAAGCCCUUCCAGAUGAAGAACUCUGGGGCAGGCCAGAGGCUAUAGCAUUCCAGGACGUGAUUCGAAGUUUUAUGGACGUCUACCAACUUGCAGCUAGUAGAAUUGAAACAUUACUGAGAGAAUCUUCUCAGCUUCACACUGCAGCCCAAAGAUCCAGACAACAAACAUUCACCUUUCGUGAAAGUUAUGAAAGCAGGAAAGAGUCUAAACAUCCAAGUAGCUUCAAGCUAGAUAGUCAGGCUGACCAGACUUACGUCCCAGAGUUUUGGCCAUUGCCAGCAAAAGCUGAAAUGUCCUCCAGCAUGACACUACAAAAAGCCAGUACUCAGUCUCCAAUGCAUGUGUCCUCAGGUGUGAUAUCAGACAGACCCAGUACCGGGUCUUCAAUGUCCGCUGGUGGGAUACUGGACAGAACCAGAACUCAUUCUCCAAUCCACAUGUCCUCCAGUGGGAUACUGGACAGAGCCAGUACUGGGCCUUCAAUCCAUGUGUCUCCUGGUGAGAUACCAGACAGAGCUGGAACCGGGUCUUCAAUCCACAUGUCUGCUGAUGUAAUACCAGACAGAAGCAGUAUUCGGUCUCCAAUCCACAUGUCCUCCAGUGGGAUACCGGACAGAGCCAGUACUGGACCUUCAAUCCAUAUGUCUGAUGAUGCAAUACCAGAAAGAACCAGAACUCGGUCUCCAACCCACAUGUCCCCUGGUCUGAUAUCAGACCGACCUGGUACUGAGCUUUCAAUCCAUGUGUCCCCUGGUGCAAUACCAGACAGAAGCAGUACUCAGCCUUCGAUCCACCUGUCCUCCAGUGGGAUACCAGACAGAAGCAGUACUCGGUCUCCCAUCCACAUGUCUGCUGAUGUAAUACUAGACAGAAGCAGCAGUCUAUUUCCAAUCCACCUGUCCUCCAGUGGGACAGCAGACAGAAGUAGUACUCAGCCUCCAAUCCACCUGUCCUCCAGAGCGAUACCAGACAGAAGCAGUACUCAGUCUCCCAUCCACAUGUCUCCUGAUGUGAUACUAGACAGAAGCAGUAGUCUAUUUCCAACCCAAAUGUCCUCCAGUGGGGUACCAGACAGAAGCAGUACUCGGUCUCCAAUCCACCUGUCCUCCAGUGGGAUACCAGACAGAAGCAGUACUCGGUCUCCCAUCCACAUGUCUCCUGAUGUGAUACUAGACAGAAGCAGUAGUCUAUUUCCAACCCUAAUGUCCUCCAGUGGGACAGCAGACAGAAGGAGUACUCGAUCUCCAAUCUACCUGUCCUCCAGUGGGUUACCAGACAGAAGCAGUACUCGGUCUCCCAUCCACCUGUCCUCCAGUGGGACAGCAGACAGAAGCAGUACUCAGCCUCCGAUCCACCUGUCCUCCAGUGGGAUACCAGACAGAAGCAGUACUCGGUCUCCCAUCCACAUGUCUCCUGAUGUGAUACUAGACAGAAGCAGUAGUCUAUUUCCAACCCUAAUGUCCUCCAGUGGGACAGCAGACAGAAGGAGUACUCGGUCUCCAAUCCACCUGUCCUCCAGUGGGUUACCAGACAGAAGCAGUACUCGGUCUCCCAUCCACCUGUCCUCCAGUGGGACAGCAGACAGAAGCAGUACUCAGCCUCCGAUCCACCUGUCCUCCAGUGGGAUACCAGACAGAAGCAGUACUCGGUCUCCCAUCCACAUGUCUCCUGAUGUGAUACUAGACAGAAGCAGUAGUCUAUUUCCAACCCUAAUGUCCUCCAGUGGGACAGCAGACAGAAGCAGUACUCGGUCUCCAAUCCACCUGUCCUCCAGUGGGUUACCAGACAGAAGCAGUACUCGGUCUCCCAUCCACCUGUCCUCCAGUGGGACAGCAGACAGAAGCAGUACUCAGCCUCCAAUCCACCUGUCCUCCAGUGAGAUACCAGACAGAAGCAGUACUCGGUCUCCAAUCCACCUGUCCUCCAGUGGGAUACCAGAUAGAAGCAGUACUCGGUCUCCAAUCCACCUGUCCUCCAGUGGGAUACCAGACAGAAGCAGUACUCGGUCUCCAAUCCACCUGUCCUCCAGUGAGAUACCAGACAGAAGCAGUACUCGGUCUCCAAUGCACCUGUCCUCCAGUGACAUACCAGACAGAAGCAGUACUCAGCCUCCAAUCCACCUGUCCUCCAGUGGGAUACCAGACAAAAGCAGUACUCAGCCUCCAAUGCACCUGUCCUCCAGUGACAUACCAGACAGAAGCAGUACUCAGCCUCCAAUCCACCUGUCCUCCAGUGGGAUACCAGACAGAAGCAGUACUCAGCCUCCAAUCCACAUGUCCUCCAGUGACAUACCAGACAGAAGCAGUACUCAGCCUCCAAUCCACCUGUCCUCCAGUGGGACAGCAGACAGAAGCAGCACUCAGCCUUCAAUCCACAUGUCCUCCAGUGGGAUACCAGGCAGACCCAGUACUGGGUCUUCAAUCCAAGUGUUAUCCAGUGUGAUAACGGACAGACCUGGUUCUGCGUUUACAAUCCACGUGUCCCCUGGUGAGAUAUUGGACAGAACAAGAACUCUGUCUCCAAUUCGCAUGUUCUCCACUGUGACGCCAGACAGAAGUCAUACUCCGCCUUUAAUCUCUAUGUCCCCUCGUGCAAAGCCAAACAGAACCUAUAGUGUGCCUUCAAUCCAUAUGUCCUCUGGUGUGAUACUGGACAGAGAUGGUACUGGCUCUUCACUGGACAUAUCCUCCCAUGUGCUACCGGAAAGAGCCGGUACUGGCUCUUCACUGGACAUAUCCUCUGGUGUGAGGCAGAGCAGAACCUUUAUUGUGUCUGCAAGAAACUUAUCCUCCAAUGUGAUACCACACAGAACUGGUACUGGUACUGGGUCUUCAGGCAUAUCCUCUGGUGUGUUGAUGGACAGAAUCAGUUCUGGGCCUUCAGUGGACGCAUUCUUCUUUGUGAGACCACACCAGUUUGGUGGUGGGUCUUCAAUGGACACAAUGGACACACCAAACAGAUCUAGUUCACUGCCUUCAAUCAGGACUUUCAGCCAGGAUCUCUUAUCCAGUACUAGAAAAACAGAAGGAAAUCAAUUUCCAGAGUCUUAGCUAUGUCAGUUUCCCUUAGCUAUAUGUCAGCUUCCCCUUUAGAAGGAAAAAAAUGUGUUAGUGUAAAAUGAUGUAAUUAAAAUAUAAUCUAACAACUA